CUGGAAACCUCAUUGGCUAAGAGAACAACCCAGUUGACCAUUCUACAGGAAGAGGUAGAGACAUAUAAGAGUACCAUAGAGGACCUGACCCUUCAGAAGUCCAAGGCAGAGGAUGGGGCUCAGCAGUACCGUUUGAAACUAGAGACGGUUGUGAAGGGCAAAGCAGUCAUUGAGCAAGAGUUAGGUAACGCACGACAGAUGGUCCAGCAGUCAGAGGCCAAACGGUCUUCUCUUGAGGAGAGUCUUCGUAUGCUGAAGAUGAACAUCGAGCAGAGCACCCUGGCCCGGAAGAAAUUGGAGGACCACUUGAAGAGGAAGAGCAGCGAUGUUCAGGAUCUUGAGGAACAUAAUCGCACACUGCAGAGGAUGCAACAUUCCUCUGUCACCCACAGUAUCCAGACGAUCCAUGCAGAGGUGGAGGCAGAGGUCUUGCAGCAGAAACAGGAGCUGGCCAUGGCGAAGAAAACAGCAGAGACCGAGAUCAAGACACUUAAGUCAGAGCUGAACUCUGUGUUAGUGCAUAAAAAAAUAGCAGAGGAGAAAGCGCAACAAAUCACAGAGCUGUUGGACGAUGCCAAUACCAGGUUGAAGAAACUUCAGCUGGACACGGAAUCAGACAAGAGCACCAUGAGACAAAAGUCAGAGGAGUUCAGACAGCAAUCUUUAGAGCUGAGAAAUUCCAUCUAUGUCUUUCAAGAGCAAAUCAAAUCUCUCCAGAGGGAUAAGUCUUCAUUGGAACAGAAAGCUAUUUUCAACAAGACAGAGGUUGAAGGCCUGAAGGAACAGUUAAAGAUCAACCAAGGAAAACUGCUCUUGAGGAACUCCAUGGAACAGGAGAGUAGUCACAAUAUGCAGUGUUUAGAGGAGGAGCUGGCCUCCAAACAGGUUGAGGCAGACCAGUUGAAGUUCAAGGUCAGUGAACUGAUGAGAAUGAAUGUGUCAUUAGACAAUGAGGUCAGAAGUCUUAAGGUCAGUGUGGAGUCAUUACAGCGAGAAAAAUCUUUCUCUGAACAAAAUAUUAAAUCAUUGAAAAGUGAAAUGGAGAAUUGGAAACAGCAGCUUCAAAAAAACAAAGAAGAAUUCAACUUAAAGAUAAGAUCUGAACAGGAGUUACAACUCAAAUCCAAAAUCCUGGAAGCAGAAUUUCAAAAAGGUGGAAUGUUGGCCGUGCAACUGCAGAAGAAAGUAGAUGAGCUUAAGAAGGUCAAUAUGGAGUUGGAAGUCAACGUGAAAAAGAUGAGAGCUCAACUGGACAAUAUCACCAUGGAAAUGGGAAGCAAAAAUCAGCAAAUCAACAUAUUCAAGUCUCAGGUGGAUGGCACCAAAUCUCAAGUGAAAAUCAUUGAGGAGGAGCUGCUAAAGAAAUCUCAGCUGUCCCAUGAGCUUCAGAUCAAACUGAGGGACUACAAUGAGGAGGUGAAGAGAACAGCUGAACUGCAGCAGAAAAACAAAGCUCUCAGCUUAAACCUCACCAACUACGAGAAGGAAAUCCGGAAUCUGACGUCUGAGCUUAGCUCCGUUGGUGCUGAGAGGAAUUUGGCCAAUAAGACAGUCCAACAGCAAAAGGGUGAAGUGAAUGAUCUGAACAUUACACUGAAGAAAGCAAUAACAGAGCUGCAGAAGGAGUCAAAUGAGGGCCAGAGGUAUCUGGCUAAAGUGAAGGCAUUGGAGGGUGAGCUUUUACAAUGCAAGCAAAGUAUGAAAGGAAUGACUGGAAGUUCCGAAAGAAUUACAGUGAAUAUGAAGCAGGAAAUCAGUGCCCUUCAAAGGAACAAGAACAUUGCUGACCAAAAACUGGUUAUCUUGAAAGCAGAACUUGAGGAGAUGAGUUCUGCUCUGAGAAGAACAAAAGAUCAAUUAAUUAAAGUGACCCAGGAAGGGAAAAUCUGCCAGUCUAAAGUCAAAGAGAUCGAGACAGAUCUUCAGAAGAGUAGGUUGACAAUUAAAGAAAUCAGCACCAGCUCUGACAAAUCCUCAUCCAGUUUCAAACAGGAAAUCACGGUUCUUCAGAGGGAGAGAAGUGCAGCCCAAGAGAAAACCUUUUCAUUGGCAUCUGACGUCACCAUGCUCAAGGGAAAGCUGGAACAAGCCCAAGAGGAUGUCAAGCGAAAGCAAACGGAUGGUUCAGUCCUGCAACUGAGGUCCCAGAAGCUGGAAGACCAACUUGAGAACUGUAAGCGGAUGCUGGAGGACUUGAAAAGCAAACUUGAACUUCAGAAGGAGGGAUAUGAGAGACAGCUGCAAUUAGUGCAGACUGAGAUGAGUCAAAAGCUUGCAUUACAGGAGUCUCAUAUCAAACUGGAAAUGGAGCAGAAAUACAGAGAGCAUUCACACACUGCAGAAUCAGCCGGGAUUAACACCAAGUAUUACCAGCAAGAAAUUGAACAGUUGAAAAUGUUCAAUGAGAGUACUUUGCAGUUAAAGCAGGAGGCUCUACAGCAAAUAGAUGAGCUUCAUAUUAAAAUGCAGCAAGUGCAAAAUGAGAGAACUGCUCUUAGCCAUGACCUGCUUAAAGCAAAAUCGCAAAUUGCUAAACUAGAAACAGAGAAAAUGCUACUUAACUCUAGCAUUGCUCAUCUGGAAAACAUCCAUAAGGAAAACUCAAAUGAGGUCACAAAGCUUAAACAAAUGUUAGCACAGAGUGAACAGAAACUAGGAAUAAAGGAAAAGGAUGCAAGAUCCCUCAAUGAACAGGUUGUUUCAUAUGCCAAGGAGGUCAGAGGUCUUCAAGAAAAAGUAUUUCAGCUAGAGGUCACAAUUAAGACUGAACGUAGGACUGUAAAGGAAGUGGAGACUUCAAGUACAACCAAGCAUAAGUGUGAUAAAGACAAUGAGGUUGCCAAACUGAAGACUGAGCUUUUGUUAACACAGAAAAUAGUGUCAUCAUAUGAAGAGGCAAAGUGCAAUCUGGAGGAGGAGCUUAUCGAAAUGAAAGUGUCCUUAGAGAUAGCAACAACGGAGAAACACAAAGUGCUAGAAGAGCUGCAAAGAGUGAAUGGAGGCAAAAGGGAAAUAGUCAGCAAUCAUAGUAGUUUACAGGAUCAAACAUUGAUGAAAACUGCAAAUUAUUCCACUGUCCAGACUCCAGCAGUCCAACAAAAACACACACAAAAUUUGAUUGCCAAGAACCAGAGUAAAAAAACGGAAGCGAUGGCAAUAACAAAACGGUUAGUGUCUCUGGAGGGUCAGGCAGGCAAAGGUCAAAAUGUUACAUCAAGCACCACGAGCACAAGCUCACAUAAUGUCAAAGACCUGUCGUCCAAAGCAUCUCAUUCUGAGAGUGAGACAACUUCCCUACGAUUUUCCCCAAAGCUCCAAGGACUCAGAGGCAGCAUCAGUAUCAGGACGUUGAUCAACACCAAGCUGUUGGAUAGAGAAACAUUACAGAAGUUACAAACUGGCCUUGUCACAUUAGAAGAGGUCCAAGCAUCACUCGCUCAGUUCAUCGACAAACCCACUGCUAUUGCCGGAGUCUACUUGGAGUCUAGCAAGAAAAAGAUAUCCUUCUUGGAGGCUGCAGAUCAAGGCCUUUUAGCUAAGACGUAUGCUAUUGAGUAUAUGGAAGCACAGGCUGCAACUGGCUGUAUUAUCGAUCCUUCAACUGGACAAACCCUCUCGGUUCAAGCUGCUUUGGAGAUGGGCAUUGUUGGGUUAAAUUUGAAAGACAAACUCAUGGAUGCCGAAAAGGCAGCCACUGGCUAUGUCCACGGCACUAAAACACUGUCUGUAUAUCAGGCCAUGGAGGAAAGGAUUGUCGACAGGCACAAAGGGAAGAAGAUCAUUGAGGCCCAGAUAGCAACUGGAGGAUUAGUUCACCCUGUUCUUGGUGUUAGGGUGCCCGUUAAUGUGGCAGUUGAUCAGGGUCUCUUGAACAAAGCUACCCUACAGAAUCUCUAUGACCCGGUCAGCAACCCCAAGGGCUUCCACAACCCUGAUUCAGGACAGAAGACCUACUACUGUGAACUGUUGAAAAAGUGUCUGUAUGACACAGAUGGUGGUGUCUAUCUCCUACCUUUUGGUGAGAAGAAUCUCUCCAGUUUUUCCUUUUCGAGUUCUCACAGAUUAUCAGUCAUCAACAGUGCUCUUGGUCUGGAAAGGUCCCCAUAUCAAGCCUUUAAGGGCAACCACAUAGAUAAGCGGACCUAUCUUUUUCUCUCUCAGCAGGACAGUGAGUGGCAAGAAAAGUCCACUGUCGAUGUCAACGGAAGCCAUUUACACAUCAUCACAGAUCUCAAAAGUGGACGGCAGCUUUGCAUCGAAACUGCCCUAGAUCUAAAGUUCCUUGAAAUUGCAGAACUGGUAAGCUAUCGGAGUGGCCUCAUCAGCAUCUACGAGCUGGCAGACCUUAUCCUUUCCAGGAUGGUCGUUGUUCAGGACGCUAACAGUCCGGUGGCUGGUCUGUGGGAUGUCACUCAGAAGAGGAGGGUGACCAUUCUGCAGGGACAUCAGCAGAACCUAAUCGAUAGACUCACUGCGCUGAGGCUGCUGGAGGCCCAAGCUUGCACCGGGGGAAUCUGUGAUCCUGCUUCUGGGGAGAAAGCCCCAGUCACCGAAGCUCUGCGUAGAGGUCUCUUGGACGAGACAUUUGCCCGCCAGCUUCAACAGUCCGAGCAAGCCUACUAUGGCAUCAUCCAUCCCCAGACAGCAAAGACCUUGAGUGUAGCUCAGGCUAUUCAGGAGAAUCUGUUCCCCAAAGACAUGGGCCUUCGAUGCCUGGAAUUCCAAGUCCUGACUGGUGGACUGAUCAACCCAGAGACCCAUGAUAGAAUCUCACUGGAUGAGGCUGUUCAGAGUAGCCUGGUUGACAAAGCCACUGCCUCAUUCCUGAAAGAUGAGAAGUCUCACCCUAAAAGCCUCACCUGCCCAAAGACGAAGAGGAAAAUGUCUUUCAUGGAUGCUCUGUUAAAGGGUGUCUAUGACGGUCACACUGGGCUCAGGCUACUGGAGGCAACAAAGGCUCUUAGUGUCGGGGCUAAGCCGUCUUUCCAAUAUAUUUGGAACUAUCACCACAUUUGAGUGAACAGUAUUUGAUUUUCCAUGGUUUGUAAAUAGGGAAAACUAAAUAUUUGAUUGAUAAAGCAAAGCCUGACUCAAUAAAAUGUUCACUGAAAUGAAUAAAAUCUAGUAUUUCCUACCCUUAAAAUAAGAAUCAUUAAUUACAUGUUCAUUUUCUUUGACUUGGAGUAAUAUGAAUGUUAAUAUAAUUACCAAUAUGGAGUUGAUUAAGUCAGACAUGAAUAAUUGCUUUUAGCAUGAUGUGUAAUUGUUCAAUUUGAUAUUUUAAUAUGUUUAUGUUAUGUACCUGUCUUUUUCUUUUAGACAUAUUUCACGUCAAUGAAUAAACAAUUAAAUGCUUUUA